AGUCGAAUGCAGUUUAUGACCGCUUGGAAAUUGUUGCGGUUAUUGUGCUCAGCAAAAUGAGAAUUUUGGUGUUUAGUGUGAUUCUAGUGGUCGGAGCGGUUUUCGCGGACGAACACUGGUGGCAGCAUGCCAACUUCUAUCAGAUCUAUCCACGAUCCUUCAAGGACAGUAAUGGCGACGGUAUUGGAGAUCUUCUCGGAGUGAAGGAGAAAGUGAGCUACCUUAAGCAAGAAUUGGGUCUCGAUGCCAUCUGGUUGUCCCCGAUUUUCAAGUCACCUAUGGCGGAUUUCGGGUACGAUAUUUCGGAUUUUAGAGAUAUUCAUGAAAAGUUCGGCACCCUUGCCGAUUUUGACAGUCUGGCGCAGGAGUGCAAGAGACAGAAUCUGAAGUUAAUUUUGGACUUUGUACCGAAUCAUAGCAGUGAUGAGCAUGAGUAUUUCAAAAAGUCGGAACUGAAACAGGACGGUUACGAUGAUUAUUACGUAUGGCAUCCCGGAAAAGUACUAAGUAAUGGAACACGUGUGCCACCUUCGAACUGGGUGAGCGUUUUUCGUGGAAGUGCAUGGCAGUGGAGUGAAACACGCAAGGAGUAUUAUCUUCAUCAGUUUCUUGUCAAACAGCCAGAUUUAAACUAUCGUAGUGAAAGUAUCGUAAACGAAAUGAAAGACGUACUACGAUUUUGGCUCAGCAGAGGUGUCAGUGGUUUUAGGAUCGAUGCAGUACCAUAUCUUUUCGAGAGCGAAGCAGUUAAUAACGUUUAUCCAGAUGAAGAAUUAAGUGGUAAAACCGAUGACCCAGAUAAUCCUGACUACGUUGUGCACACGCAUACCCAAAAUCUCGAAGAAACUUUUGAUAUGUCAUUCCAGUGGCGUAAAGUGUUGGAUGAUUUCAAAGCGGAACAUGGUGGUGAUGAUCUCGUUCUAAUGCUUGAGGCUUAUACACCGCUAAUGAAUAUUAUCAGAUUGUAUGGCGAAAAUGGUAGAGAAGGAGCACAAAUUCCUUUCAAUUUCGAAGUUCUUUCCAAUACUUUCAAGGAUAGCACAGGCAAGGAUUUUUACGACAAUAUCAUGCGAUUCUGGAAUGUUUUGCCGUCAGGCCGUUUCGCAAAUUGGGUUCUUGGUAAUCACGACAACAAACGUGUUUCCACUCGGUUAGGAGUUCCACGUGCCGAUCUUUAUAACAUAGCGCUCAACACAUUGCCAGGAAUAGCCGUCACCUAUAACGGAGAUGAGCUCGCUAUGGAGGAUGUGUACAUUCCUUGGAGCGAAACCGUUGACCCGGCCGCAUGUAAUUCGAACCCGAAAGAUUUCAUGCUUUAUAGUCGCGAUCCAGUCCGUGCACCAUUCCAAUGGGACGAUAGCACCAGUGCGGGGUUUUCCACCAACUCCAAGACGUGGCUUCCGGUGUCCCCGUACUAUAAACAGAACAACUACAAACUGCAAAAAUCUGCUCCUCGUAGUCAUGUGAAAAUUUUCAAAUCCUUAGUCAGACUACGCAAACAGCGGACACUCAGGGAAGGUGGCUUUGAUAUGAAAUUAGUGGACGAAGAUAACAUAAUUGUAUACAAACGAGAGCUGCAAGGAGUCAGCACGAUCGUAGUGAUACUGAAUUUCCACAAAUCGACACGUACCGUGAACUUAUCCAAAGUGUUCACCGGGCUUCCGCUGGAAUUUGAAGUCAUCACUUCGUCAUUGCAGACAAAUUAUGUGGAUGGUUCUAUUUUGAAUCGUGACGUGAUCACGCUACCGGCCGAUGCAGCCAUUGUCCUGGAGGGAACUGUGUAGAAGAAUACAUAGUUCUGCAAGGAUGGCAUGAUGGUUAAAAACGAUGGCAUUUAACAAAGGGGCAACACACUCAAAAUUAGUAACAAGAUAAAUAGAUACUAAUUGCAAAUGGUGAUGAUGAUCUUCAAGCUUUAUUUGAAAUCAAUAAAACGGGGUAGAGCCCUGCACAUUCAAAA